UAAUGAGACAGAACGCGAAACGGUCGUUAUCCACGUACAACGGGCACAUGCGAGCAAUUCCAAGCUCAGUACAUCGUCAAAAGUGACAGCGAAUAGAGUACGCAGUGGAGGGCCUUUGGCUUCGAAAUCCAAUAAAAGCGGGUUGAUUGCGAACGGUAACGGCGUAAUUUCAUAUGCAACACAAACACUAACCAAUAUUUGUGCAAUACAAAUGACACAUAGUGAAUAGGACGUAUGUGUGUGUGUGUGUGUGUGUGUUAGGCUACUGAGUAUUCGGUUCGUUGUCGUACGUGGCCGCGUAUGAAACCGGCAGAUGUGCGUAUGAAUGAAAGGUAGUAAAAGCACCAAUAAUAACAAUAACAAAAACAAACGAGAACGAGAACGAAAAGCGGCAGUCAAGCGACGGCUUACCCAGGAACGUGAUGAGUAACAGCAGCAACAGCUCUUAAUGAGUGAGUGAUAAAGAGCAAACCAAGAACAGCGUUUCAAUUGAGCUAAGUGAAAAACAUUGUAUGCAUUUUAUCUAGUGCAGACACUUCUGUACCUACAAACAUACACAUAUUUAUCAACAAUAUUUGUUUUGUCGUCCUUGAAGUGAAGUGCUUGCCAUUGUGACUACAGAUCUCCUGAAGCAGCGAAUUGUCCGUGGAACAGUUUGUGCUUACUCCAGCAAAAACACAAAAAGCGAUCUUCGAUAUACUUACAUAUGUAUGUACUAUAAAUGUACGCCUUCUGUCGCUUAUCAUACUAGCGAACGAACGCCCGUCCCGCCACACGCUGCACUUCAACACAACUUUACAAACAUUCUGGUAUCAUUAACAGCGUUAUCGUCAAGUCAAUAUUAACGAUCAGUUCAGAAUUGUAGUGUCGUGGUAGCGACGGAAACGGAAUUUCGACAGCGGCAACAGGAUCGGAGCCAGCUAAAAAGAUUUAUUGUUACAAAACUGGCUUCAAAUAUUGACUUAGCUAAGGAAAUCCAAUGCCGCGUAACAACUCAAAAGGCGAAAACCGUAUUCCAAUAUCCUCUAAAUUAAACUCCUUAAGCUUCGGAAAUCUAAUUGAUUUUGGAGACUCCGUCUGGAAAAAUGUCAGAAAUUGCUAGAAAUGAUGCCAGUACCGAGUCACUUUGCACCGUAAUAGAAAAUUUUAAAGAAAAUAGUAACACUAGUUCCAAUCACAACUUGAGUAGUAAUGACAAGAAAAGUUUAAAUUGUGAAAACAACAUAGCUGACGAUGUUAUUCACAGACAUAAUAUCGACAAUUCCGAACCAAGAAAGCCUUACAAAAACGACAAUGACGAAUGCGAGUCCUUAUAUGAUAACUGUGAUAUCUCACAAGAUGAGUCGAAUUCAUCAAUAUCAGCUUCUGUUAAGUCGAGCACUAAGCUAAAAAAAUCGGUUUCUUUCGAUCCCCAAGACGAGAAGGUACGCAAAUUUAUAGAAGGCGAACCAAUUGUAGAUCAAAAAAAUCCUUUUAAACAACAAUAUUCAACUUGGGGAAACUCGGCUAGGAAGAAGAAAAUACCGCCCCCUGUACCAGCUAAACGAUCGACGUUGAGUGUCCGAAAAACUGUCACGCAACAGUUACGUGAAAGAGAGCGUGAAAAAGAAAAGGAAAAAGAACGAAUUAAAAACGAAACAAAUAACCGAAAGUCAAAUUCUGGUAAUAUUGUGUCCUUACCAUCACCUGACGAUUUCGUUACUACUGAAGAAGUUCUAAAACAAUCCAAAUAUGUUAAAACAUAUGUGAAAAAUCCGGAUCCAUAUUUUGUUUACGACCCUUCCAUACUAGCACGACUUAAAUGUGAAGAAACACGUGAUAUUGGUGAAAAAAACUCUUCAAAAAAACUUCGUUUAACAAAUCAAACUAAAGAUCGUAUUAAGGAUUUAAAAAGUAAACCUUCUAUAGAAGCAUCGCUUUCACACUCAAAGAUUCCCUUUAAGAAAUGUUCAAAACCAAAUUAUCCUGAUCUUUCUGACAUCAAGAUCAAAGUUGGUACCGAUUUGGUUGGAAAUUUUUUUAAUCCAGCCGAAGUGUCAAAGAAUGCCAAAAAGUUCGACGAUAGGGUAAAAACACUUCAAAUAAGUUCAGAAGAUGAUUUAGAUGAAAUAGAUGGUCCCUUAACAAAAAGUGAAUCGAGUGAUGAGGUGACCCCGAACUUAGUUAAUAUAAAGAAAAUAAACUCAGAAUCCGAACAACCCAAAACCGUUAACUUUGAAAAUAUGGAUGUCAAAGAAAUAUUGGAAGAGGCGCCUGAAGGCACAUUUACCAAUACAAUAAAAUCUAAAGAGUUUCAUGAUUAUCUUGAAAAAAAGGGCCUUACUUUGAUACCAAAAAAAAUUCCGAAUGGCGCACAAUCUGUGUAUACAACUGGCAGACAGAUAACUAAACCUGAUACUCGUAUCUCUUUUAAAAGCCCUGAGAGCGUGCAGAUCUCAUUAGAUACAACGGACUCUGUGCGUAACACUAAAAAGCCCUCAGUAUUUCAACGUCUGCUUUCAAAUAGUAUUUUUGCUACUAGACGUAAAACAACUCCCAAAGAUAUCGUUCCUACUCCGAAAUCACUGAACAAUUAUAAAAUGCAUUUGAAAGAAAAUUUAGAUAACCCGCAAACUUCGCUUAAGCGAGUGGUUUUAGAAAGACAAAGUUUUCACGGACGUCCUCAUGCAAAUAAUAAUUUAUUAAGUCCUGCCGAAACUGAGUUCUUAAAACACCAACAGCAACAGUCCCGCAAGAGCUUUGCAAGUGGGGAAAACUUAUCUAAUUCAUUAUCUAGUGUCUUACCAAAUGACGAGCUGCUCCACAACUCAACAGCAGAAGAAGAUGCGCACACUCCAUUCAUAAAACCCUCAAGACGGCCACAUUCCAAAGAGAGAUUGGUAAGCUCUCAACAAAAUAGACCCCCUCCAAAUAAUACAAUACUAAAACCAAGAGCACAUCGACUUUACGCUGUAAAUAACACAACGAAUCUAACGACGGAAGGACUUGAAAAUUCGUCAAAUGGCACACUAAAGCGAACCGUUGAGCGCCAAAGCCUCAUACCCAAACGAUCUAAUCAAACUUUAAACCGCAAACAAAUUUUUAAUCGUUCUAGUUCAAUGGAUCGUAAUGAAAUAUUGAAAAAGAGACUUCUACGAGAGCUGCAAAACAAAUCAAAAAGUGACAAUGAGGCUUCUGAGGUUUCUACACCUUUCACCUCUAAAGAAAACAUAGGAGAACAAUUUUCUACCAUGAAUGGACCCAAAACAACUUCAACUCCAAUCCGAAAUGCAAAUAAUGAUGCGGAAAGCCACAGUUUAACACAUAGGGUAAGCGUGGCAAAUAAAGUUUACGUCGACCAACAAGAGUGGGAACGAUUAAAAGCAAUUAAAGAUCGUAUGGACAAUGAGCUAUACCUGAAAAUGUUACAAGAACAAAAAAGACAGCAGGAUGCAGAAAAUAUAUAUGAACGUCUUCAGCCACAAAAAAUAUCGGUAACCCAACCUGAUACUAUGUCCAAACAGCCCAUAACAUUAGAACCUAACUUUAUUAGGGGAUCUCCACAAAGGAACACAUUCGCAGGCUUGACUAAAAAUAGACAAGCUAAAAUUAUUGAUGGAAGAGCAUUAAUUCCAUCAUCAUUUCCUGUAAAUAUGCGGUAUAUUAGUAAUACUAAGGAAAGUGUUUUCGAAUCUACUCCUCGUAGUCAAAGCGUCUUGGGCAAUAUGACUUAUACUUCUGCGAACGGUAAUAUUAACAGAAAAUGCUACGAAAUUGACAUGGGUACACCAGUUGUUCUACGACGAAAAGAUAAUAAAAUAUCCGAACCGGUGUGUAGUCCAGAACAGCGUCGCAUCGGUGGUCUACUAACUAGAGAUGAGAUUUUGCAAAAAGUGAAAGAUUUUUGCAGAAAAUCUCUAAAUAAAACACCAAUUAUUCAACAAUCACAAACUAGAGUAAUUCAUAAUAAGCAAACUGGUCCAUCUGAUUUGUCUCCAGUAUCAUAUGCGUCCGUCGAAACGAACCAGAGGCCUGCUUCAAGAAUGUAUGCGGCUCCUCAAGUUCCUCAACGUAUGCAGAGCUUGCCUCAACAAUUCAUCCCAAUAAAUACGGCGCAAAUGAUAAGUGAAAUAAAUCCAAAUACAAUAUCACCAAUUUAUGCUCAUGUGGUAAAAAGAAGUAGCUUACUAUCAAACAAUUCAGAAAUUUACGAUAGUCCUCAAAAAAUUAACUUGAUGCGACAGGAUCUGGAAACUCCUGCAAUAUAUGUAGAGCAUGGAAAUUUGCCGACUCCGCAAUACGUACUUGUUGGGGGUGAUAAAAUCGUACCUGCGAAACAAGUAUUCAGCUUUUAUCCCGGACAGAAUGAAAUUUACGCCCAGCCACAAUAUGUCCGCCCAUACAAUUUGCAACCUGUUCCGGGCGCUUAUGGUUACAUAAGUGUUCAGGAACCACUUUCAAAUCAGCAUUUACAGCAUAGGUUGUAUAAUGGACGAAGUACUCCAUUGAUACUUGAUCAGUCAAGUCAACAGGCGAGUCAAAUAUAUUGGACGCCGCGUAAUCAGCGUUUACAACAGCAUUCUGGACUACAGCCAGUGAACAUUAGUAGUCCCUGUUUUAUGCUCAAGCAACUACAUUCACCGUCCACAACUAGAAUUGAGCUCCCCAAUAGAAGUAAUAUAAAAACAAUUCCGAACACUGCUGAACUCCAAAUUCAACAUGCAGCAACAAUUGAAAGUAGAACACCCAACAAUCGACAGACCCAAGCCAAACCAUCAUCUAGACAAUUAGAAGAUUUAAACAACCAACAUUCCUACGAUUGGGAAAGUGGCUCCGAAGCUGGCGAAGUUCGACGUAUUUUUGAGAAUACGGGAAACAACGGUGAGUUCAGAGGAAGUCAUUUAAUAAGAAAUCUCAAAAAUAAGUUAUCUCGACUAUUAUCAUAAAAUAACAUACAUAAUAUACAAACAAAAAUAAUAUAUGUAAAAACUUAAAAUAUUCAUCAAUGCAUACUUUUACAUUUAGUGAUAGCUGACAUAAUGAAAACUUCGUCAAAAGAAGAUUACCGCAAAUGUACAUAUGUAUAUAUAAUAUAAUUACCGAAGAAUUUAGUUAAUUUCGUAAUAGUAUUUAUUCACCUACGCCUAUGAAGAAAUGUGCCUGAAAAUUACAAAAACUGACUGUGCUUCGCAAAAACUUUAUCCACAUUUCUCUUGUAUUAAACUCAUCUACAGGUAUAUAAAUAUAUAAGGAUGUAUACAUAUGUAUGUAUGUUGCAGGCUGUUCUAGGAAAUAUUAGACAAAAAUAACUUAAGCCUAACAGAGGAAGCAUAUAGCAUAGGACGAGAUGAGUUUAUCGGAUGUAAAAUUUAAAUGUUGGUGGAUGGCAAAUAAAUUAUUUUCUUAACGUCAGUAAAAAAACAAUCCUUCACUCAUAUUCAAAAUCACUGAUUUGUGCAACUGUUGCAUUUGUAUUAUUACGUCAAAUUACACACUACGAUAAAUAUAAAUAUACAUACACUAGGGGAUCCGGUCACGCGUUGCUGUGGUAUACAUUUUAUACUAUUAUUCAUAUAAUAAACUAUUCAAUACAGUGAAAAUUUCAUUUACAAAUAAAGGCGAAAACGUUUUUGUCGGUAUAAGAAUCUAAGGGAUGUACUUGAGAUUUAAUUUUGAAUAUGUUCAUACAAAUAAAUUUCAUUGGAAAAAAUAACGAAUUUGGGGCUGCUUUCUCAAUGUCUAGUUACCAGCCUUUCUGUCCAGUUAAUAGAGUUGUCUGCUUAAUAGAUUUUAUUAAAAAACAUCAAUAAUGUGCAUGGUUAAUGGAGAUGACCGCUUAAUAGGGCGUCCAGUUAAUAGAGCUUUCACUUAUUCUUUAUUUAUAGAUUAUUUUCACUAUUUUAUCUUCUAAAUUUGUUUGAACUGGACACAGUGUGCUAAGUUUUACUAAAAUCGGUUCAGUAGCUUAGGAGCCCAUCGAGAACAAACAACGUGACACGUACUUUUUAUACAUAAUUUUAUAUAAGUAUGUAUAAUAUAUGUGACCUCGUCUACGAAAA